AUGCAACCGACACUUCCAGGUCUUACGACGGAGCCGGUUUUUCGCAAAUCGUCGCAUCCGGCAAAAUUCCUGAACAACAACAACAACGCGGCAUGCUAUGAGAACGAUCCGCCGCCGAGAAAGGCCAGCAAGGACGAUCUCGCGGUGCCAAGCGAACGGCUGCAGCCACGAACGUGUGCCCCGCAGGUGUUUCACCGGCUGCUCGGCCAGAGCGAAGACAUGAACAACCUUGUCCGCUCCAUUACCGAGGAAGCCAAAAGUCUUCUCCAUGCCGAGGCGUGCUGCCUGUUCCUGAUCGACGCCGAACACAACCAACUGAUCGCCGAAAUCAUCGACAAGCAAGACGACCUGGAAGAGCUGCGUCUUCCCAUGGAUCAGGGCAUUGCCGGUCGUGUGGCCACCACCGGCGUGACAAUGAAUGUGAAAAACGUCACCAGGUGCCCAUUUUUCCUGCCGUCGGUUGAUGAGCUGACCGGGAUUCGGCCACGCCAUAUUUUAUGCGUUCCAAUUCGGGAUAAUUCAGGAGCCUUCGUCGGGGUCGCCGAGCUAUGCAACAAGAUCGGCAGGCCCACCGGAUUCACGCGUCAAGACGAGACCGUCGCAAGAACGUUUGCCGUCUACGCGGCUACUUGUAUUAGCCAUUGCCUGCUCUACCAAAAAGUGCAAGAAGCUCAACGUAGAUCUCAUAUGGCUGCCGAGCUGCUAGUCCAAAGCUCGCACCUCCUGGUAAGCAUCGAUGAAGUGAACACCCUGGCGAAGAAACAAAUCGCGCCCCCUAUCACCUACCAUCCGAUGUUCAACCAGUUCAACUUUACCCCGAGAAUUAUUGGGCAUACCGAGACUUAUGUCCGAGCAUCCCUCUCCAUGUUUGAUGAACUCGGCUUCAUCAAGCGCUAUUGCAUUCGUCGCGACCGGCUUGCCCACUUUUUGCUGCGCAUCAGCCGUGGCUACCGAGAGGUCCCGUAUCACAACUGGAGUCACGCUUUCUCCGUGGCCCACUUCUGCUACCUGCUACUGCGCACAAAUUCUGUGCGCAACUCGCUCAACGAGCUGGAGCAGCUCUCUUUGCUGAUUGCUUGCCUGUGCCAUGACAUUGACCAUCGAGGAACUAACAACAACUUCCAGAUCAAAUCGCAAACCCCUCUCGCUCAGUUGUACAGCAGUGAGGGAUCCGUCCUAGAGCGUCACCACUACGCUCAGACCGUCUCGCUUCUAGGCAUCACUGACUGCAAUAUCCUUGAACAUCUCCCUAAAGAGCAAUAUCAGCAGGUACUCUCCCACAUCCGCGACAUCAUCUUAGCCACCGACAUCGUUGCCCACCUCAGCAAGGUCGAUCGUAUCCGACGUAUGAUUGCCGAUGGCUUCAACGGACACUGCCAAGAGGAUCACUACCUCUUCCUCUGCCUCCUGAUGACUGCUUCCGAUCUGUCGGAUCAGAGCAAGGAAUUCCACUAUAGCAAGAUGAUCGCGGAAUCGGUCUACUGCGAAUUCUUCUCGCAAGGGGACCUCGAGAAACAAAUGGGAGAUCCUCCUGUGGAAAUGAUGGACCGGGAGCGUGCCUUCGUCCCGCAGCUUCAAAUUGAUUUCCUGGAUAAUGUGGCGAUGCCAGUUUAUGAGAUGCUGUCUCGCGCUGUCCCCGAGACGGGUACCACAUAUGCGGGAAUUGUUGAUACCCGGAAGCAUUGGGGCGCUUUGCAUGAAUUGCUGCGCACCCGUGACGAGCCGGUAUCAGGGUUGGCAUUCCUUCGUGACGGUCAGCUGGAGCGUGAAGUUGUCCAGAAAGUCACCGGGAAGGAUCCGGGCCCGAUCACUCAGGAGGAACAGCCCCAGGCUUCAGGCCUCGACCAACUCGACGGCGCGGAGCAAUCGCCG